UAUGAAGAAGCGUCAUUAUUUCGACUGCGAUAAAUUAUAAAGUCUUGUAAGUAAAGCCCAACGAACGAUACAGAAAUCAGAUAUACUUUUUUGUACUGUACACCCGUACUAUUGAUUCGUGGUGUACAAGCAAUACAUUUUUGGGGCUUCACUACCCCUCUUGAGGGAGUUCACGUUAAAUAUACUCCGCGUCCCCUACUCUUUCUCUCUCUCUCUUUCUCUUUCUACUACGUACAGGUGUAAGAAAAAAAGGAGGAAAAGAGAGGAAAGAAACGGCAGAGUUGCAGAGCUGCUUGCCUAUCCAAACGAAGUUCUCAACCACGUAGUGAUUCGAUUACCAUUUGCGAAUCUUCUGCCAGGCUGUUACUCGGUUAGCCUUUCAAAAAAAUAAAGAAUCAAAUAAAAGAAAAGUGUAAACUUAAAGAAGAGCAAAUAAAGUGAAUAUUAUUUUUAUAAAUAAUGGAUUUAAAAGAAGAAGAUGAGAGCGGUAACGAGGGUAGUAGACAAUUAUUUUUGGUUGGUGCACCGCGUGACCCUUUGGUAUCUACCGGUGCGAUCGUCGCCUCCGGAGGAGCUAACGACGAGAUCAAUUCUGGAGGAGAUCUACAGUCAACUGCUCUGGCCGGUCUGAUGAGCACACAAUCUUCCUCGGUUUGCUUUCCUACAAAAUUCACGUACGAUUUUUCGCCAAGUCCUGGAAACGAAGACAGACAAUCGUCCGGAGGAACUGGCAAAAGAAAGCAGCGAAGAUACCGGACGACUUUUACAAAUUUUCAAUUAGAAGAAUUGGAAAGAGCGUUUCAAAAAACACAUUAUCCUGAUGUUUUCUUCAGAGAGGAACUUGCCCUGAGGAUAAAAUUAACUGAAGCUAGAGUUCAGGUAUGGUUUCAAAAUAGACGAGCCAAAUGGCGAAAACAGGAGAAGCAGUGUAAAGUUGCAACUCACCUAACACCUUAUCUUCCCACAUCGGAAUGUCAAGAAGUGCAACAGCAACAGCAAUCCGAUCAUUUAUUACUUGAACCACCAUUAGGCAGCCCACCACCUAUUUACCUUGGAAUGGAAUGGGCUGGUUUUUCACCAUAUAGCAACACAGCCACAGCUUCUCCUCUUGUAGUUAAUGGUAUGAAUAAGCCACCAGAACAAGAAACAGAUGACAAUCCAUUACUAGAUCCUGAACUUUUACAAUUGAAAACAUCGCGUUCUUAAUAAUACAAAGUCCCCUCAAAAAAUAAAAUCUUGUAGUUUCCUAAUUUCGAAACGUCAAUCUACAUAACGUUUCUUGAUUGAAAGAAUUAAAAUUAUCUUAUAUGAAUAAGUGCGGCAAUACAAUUAGUUGAAGAAAAAUGUAUUGUAUUUUGUGCAAUAUAUUAAUAAGAUGGAAUUAAGUGGACCAAAAAAGGUACCUUGAGGAUGUGUCUCAAAAGUAACUAGAGACUGACAAGAGAUAUCCAGAUAAUAGAUAAAGAAGCAAUGUAUUUUGAGUAUUGUUAUAUAGAUUUUGUAAGAAAAGGCUUAUAUGUAAAACUUUUUUCUCUUAAUAAGCCUUGGUAUGAUCAAAAUGCAAUAAAGGAUGUAUGAUAAUAGC